CAAAAUUUUGCUUACAUUAGCACCAAUUUUCUAGUUUGGGGAUCAUCACUUAACCUUUAAUUUUAAUCCAUUUUCUCUACACUCAAUCAUUUGUCCCAACCUUUAGAUUCUACAUCAGAUCAAGAAAAACACACAACACAUUAUAAAUUUUGGACUUUGGAGAAUAAUCAAUGGAGGAUUUGAAUAUUGGUCCAAGGUUGUACAGCUGCUACAAAUGCAGAAACCCUGUUGCUCUUCAUGACUCUAUUAUUUCUAAAGGAUUUCAGUCGAAAAACGGACGAGCCUUUCUGUUUUCUCAUGUGGUGAACGUGUUCACGGGCCGGAAAGAGGAUCGACAUCUGAUGACGGGCCUGCAUAUGGUGGCCGAUGUUCACUGUCGAGAUUGCAAAGAGGUUUUGGGGUGGAAAUAUGAGAAGGCUUAUGAGGAUUCACAAAAGUACAAGGAAGGUAAAUUUGUGCUUGAGAAAUUUAAGGUUGUUAUCAGUGAAAAUUGAUAUGUUUUAUCUGUGUCUUUUUGUGUGGCCACAAACAAGAAAAAAAAAAAGUUCAUGUUUUGAUGAUGUAAAUGUAAUAAUAAUAAUGUACAGUGCAGAAUUAGGUGAUGGAAUGAGAACACAGAAGAAGUGUUUCUUUUUUAGGUUUUUGAUGAAAAGUGAAAAUGUAAAUGUAAAUAUGUGUG